GUGACAACGAUCAAGUAUUUUCAAGUCAUCUUGUCUCAAGUCAAGUCCCGCCUGGUAAAUUUUGAAGUGAAUUAAGGAGCCUUUUCGGCCAAUGUCUUCGGCAAACAAGAGGAGUUGCCUCGAUUCAACCAUUGCGUACACGACGUCGUCUCGAGGCACGAUGGAAAGCAACCCGAGCCAGGUGCUGAACAGCGAGCGUUUGCAGGCGCUGGAAAAGUGGCUGAAAACAACCAAUACAAAGGUCACUCAAGUUAAUGGCCAGCGAAAGUAUGGAGGACCACCUGAGGAGUGGAUUGGCCCACCCCCAGGAUACAACUGUGAGGUUUACAUCAAGCACAUCCCACGGGACUGCUACGAGGACCUGCUGAUUCCCCUUUUCAGCUCUGUGGGGCCACUGUGGGAGUUUCGACUGAUGAUGAACUUCAGCGGGCAAAACCGUGGAUUUGCGUAUGCCAAAUACGGCUCAGCGGAUGUAGCUAAAAAUGCUAUACACCAGCUACAUGGUCAGAUGCUUGAGCCCGGUUCGCAUAUAAGUGUCUACCGUAGCACAGAGAAGAGGCAACUCGUCAUCACUGAUUUGCCAGCCUUCACUCAGCAAGAUGAGCUUCUGCAGGUGCUACAUAGACUGAUAGAAGGGGUUGAGACCCUUUCCCUGAAGUCUCAACGUAGAAGAGAGGGUUUGACAGCUAUAGCUGUCUUCUCAUCUCACCAUGCUGCUUCUAUGGCAAAGAGGGUGCUGGAGGAAGCAUUUCAGAAGCAAUAUGGUUUAAGCAUCUCAGUCAGGUGGCUGUCCCAAAUGAAAGCAUGCUCCAAUGAGGUGCAACUUCCUCGUCGUCUGCAACACCAUCCGUCCAUUCCUGUGCAUUUGGGAAGAGCUGUGGGAGUACCCAUUGCCCCCAAAUCAAACUCCCGUCUGUGGUCCACAGCAUCUCCGAUGACCACCCUUGACAAGAUUUGUGCGGAGAUUGGAAUUGGUCUGCCACAGUUUGACCUGUUCUACAGCUAUGCUUGCCCUGACGGAUUACUCUGCUUUACCUAUACGGUGUGUAUCCCCAGGGCAGGCGCAGUUUUGCAAGGGCUGGUUAUGAUCUUGCCGGGAGCCACCGCCGCUACCACACUGGAGAGAGCUCACGAGGCUGCAGCUCAGCAGGUCCUGCAGUCUUUGAAUGUGAUGCAGUUUUCCACUAAUGGCAUCUGAUUAGACGUCCAUCCUCUCCUUGCGCCACUUUUUCAUGCUGUAUUUUCUCGUUCUUGAAGUGUUUUAUCUUGAUUGCUGUUUGUUCAUCGAUGCAUGUUUUU